CUCGCCUCGGGCUGCCGCCGGUGACCUGACCUGCCCGGCUGCCCCCGUCGCGGCUGACUGCCACAGCCGAUCCGAUGGCCGCCGCGCCGUCGAGGUGCCUGCUCGUCACCGGCCCGCCGGGCGUGGGGAAGACGACGCUGGUUAUGCGGGUGUUCGAAGCCCUCCGGGCAUACCACCCGCACCUCAGCAUUCGCGGCUUCUACACCCGUGAGGUGAGGGAGAGUGGGGAAAGGGUCGGGUUCGAGGUCGUCACGCUCGAUGGACGAAGCGGGCCGCUCGCCUCCUCCAAGGUUUCCAGCUGCGAGUCUUUUACAUGGCCAACUGUUGGGAAGUACAAAGUAGACAUAGCAUCUUUUGAGUUGCUAGCAUUGCCUGAGCUGCAGGUAAAAGAAGACACAGAUCUUUUCAUUAUUGAUGAAGUGGGUAAAAUGGAAUUGUUUUGUUCGGCAUUUUUCCCUGCUGUAAUGAGAGUUAUUGAAUCGAACAUUCCAGUGCUAGCCACGAUUCCGGCACCAAGAUUAGGCCGAGAUAUUCCUGGAGUUGCGAGGUUGAGGAAUCAUCCUGGAGCAGUUAUUGACACCUUAAAUACUGGUAAUAGGGAUGCCAUGAGAGAGGGUAUCUACAAUCAAUUGAGCAGCUUGUUGCAGAAAAGGAAUGCUGUUAGCUUCAUGUCCCUGAGAAGAUCCAACAUGAAGAAGCAUGUCUCCUUCAAAUUCAUUGAGCUAUGCUUCCUUGUGCUGUCCAUCUUGCAGCAGCGCCCCACUUCUGGAUCUGAUCUCCCUUAGAAUGAGAUUCAGUCGACAUGGAUGAAACACCGGAGACAAGGAGGAGAAAACAUGGGUCCGUCCAGCCUAAUAGCCUGUUUCAGUUGGCAUGCAGGGGGGAUAAGGAAGAUACAGCAUUUGAUGGUUUUCUCUUCUUCACCAGCAUAUAUGGAAGGGCAGCUGGGCCAGGAAGAGAUCAAGGCAUCUCUCCCGGCAUCUGUUAAAAAUUUCCAAGAGAGAGACCCCAUUUCCACGGUGGGAGAAGCAACAACGUGGACUGCCCUUCCGCCGCGGAUCGGCGCGGUGGUCGCCGGAGAUCUGCAUGCUAACUGCCGCGAGGAGGAACGAGAGGAUCCUUUGUACUGCUGGAUCUCUCUCGCAAGUGCCACCAUGCUGCAGUACCUGGACUUCUCUCAUGCUAGCACCUCAAGGAAGUGGUCAUCACACAAGAGGCAGGGCGAUGGAUUCGAAGCCCCUAGGAAUAGCAUGGAGUUCACCUUGGAGGCUCCACAAAGCUAUGGCUUCUUCCAAGAGGAUGUCCCGUACUCCUGUAACAUGAGGCAACAAUAUCCAAAAGCUGGUCUCAACCACUCUUCAUCUCCAAUCAAGAGGCUCAUACAUGAUGACAUAUCCUUCAGAACAAAUGAAGUUCAGAAUCAGAAGAGACCCAGUGUCAUUGCCAGGUUGAUGGGCAUGGACUCACCCCCACUGAACACAACCGCCGGCGAGCUCGGGGGCUACUCGGAGGAGAAAAGGCAAGACACGAUCACCACUAGAACAAUGCCAAGAAGAGAUCCUUCUGAAACGGUCUCAACCAAGCAUGUCUCCUUCGUGCAACACAAGGGCUCCAUGAAGCAUGCACCGAAGCAAGCUGAGGUCUGCGCCUACGACGACGGCAUGGAGCUCUUUGGCCAGCUGAGCAAGGCGAUCAGCACUGAAUGGGCUAAACCGCAGCCGCGAGAACACCCGCAGGAGGAGGAGCUGCAGAAGUUCAAGAAGGAGUUCGAGGCGUGGCAGACGAGCAGGAUGUGGGAGCAGUCGAGAGCUCUCGAAUUGGAGAGCCAUCUCGACGACGAGGAGGAGGACGACGACGACGCCCGGUGCACUGACAUCGUGCCGUACAGGUUCCAGCACAGAGGGAAAGAUAAUGCCAACAACAAGCACACGCACUCCAAUGGCGACGCGCACUGGAGGAGGAGCAAGGAGAGCGGCACGUCGAUCUCCGGCAGCCGCACGUUCUCUCUGACGAGCGCAGACGCCAGCUCGACGAGGCUGCCGCUGUCGAGGUUCUACUACGAGGAGGAGAGGCUGCUGUCGCCGAAGAGAAUCGUGAUCCUGAAGCCCUGCCCCGAGAUGAGCACCGACGACAUCGAGGAGUCGUCGUUGGGGUCGCCGGAGCUGGUGAAGAAGGAGAACAACAUGGAGGCCUUCCUCGAGGAGGUGAAGAAGCGGCUCAAGAUCGAGCUCGAAGGGAGGAUGGCCUCCGACGACAAGGGUGACCGGUGGGCCGCCGCUGGCGACAUCCCGGCCGACCCGAAGCAGAUUGCCCGGAGCAUCGCCAACCAGAUCAGGGAGACCGUCACCAAGGACCUGCACCCGGCGCUUGUCCGGUCGGAGUCAACGCGGUCGUACCGCAGCGACGUCCCGCUCAACGGGCAGAGCCAAAUGGAUUACAUCUGCAGAGACGCCAGGAAGCACCUCUCCGACAGGCUGAAGAAUGUGCUCCGACGGGAGCCGGAGACCGAGCCGCCGCCGCUAUCUCACCGGAGAAGAACCGCCUCGGCGUCGUUCGACGAAGAGCCGAGGCCGAAGCCGAGGCACGAGGUGGCCAGGAAGGGCAAGAUAAGGAGCAAGGAGGAGAAGAAGCACGCGAUCGAAUCCGACGUCAGGUCUUUCCGGCGUGGCCACCACAAGGCGUCGCCAACUCCGGCGCUCGACUCCGACCCGGUGUCGCCGAGGAACCUCAUCAGGUCGUUCUCCGCGCCGGUGUCAGGGACCACCUUCGUGAAGCUUCUCUCGGAGGAGCCGCGGGUGCUGACCGGAGCACGGCUGCAGCGCAAGCAGGAAGGCUAUGGGAGCAGGCCGCCGCCGCCGUCGGAGGAGGAGAGGAAGGGGAGGAAGGACACGUUCAACAUCAAAGGCAGGGUGUCCAACCUGAGACAGAACCUGGGGCUGCGAGCUAAGCUGUUCGGCAAGAAGCUCCACUCCGCCGAUGAGUCGCCGUUCCCCGACGACCUCCCCCCGAUCGGCACGCUGGUCACCGCCCCUUCAGUCCUCAUCCACCCCGGCGUCCUCCAGGAGAACUCCACCGAGGUGCCGCCGAGCCCGGCGUCGUGGUGCAGCAGCCCACCUGAUGAGAUGAGCAGGGGAGGCUACCCGAGCCCUGUCUCGCCAUUGGAGGCUUCUUUCAGCGAGCACCGAUCCCCAUUGAAGAUGGCGGCUAAGGACAUGAGCUCGAGUGCUUCUGAACCAGAGCAUCCAUCGUCGGAGCAAGCUCAAACGGAUCAAGAACUCGCGGAAACAAGUCCAAUCCAGGACGAGUGCGACGACGAUGACGCCACGGGCGAGGUGGAUCAACCCGUGAAAGCUUACAUCAGAGCAGUUCUCGUCGUUGCCGGUCUGUACGGCCAGAGACGAAGCUCUGACCACUCCUUCUCGGACCGCGAGGUGAAGCCGAUCCCGGCGUGGGUGUUCGAGGAAGUCGAGUCGUCGUCGUCGUCCUCAGCCCCGGCCACCGACUGCGACGCGGCGGCCGCCGUCGACCACCGCCUCCUCUUCGACCUAAUAAACGAGUCGCUGCCGCGGGUCGUCCAGGCCUCGACGACGCUGUGCGCGUUCAGCAGGUGGUACGGCGCGGCGGCGGGGGCGGCUCCGAGGAGGGCCCCCGGCGGCAAGAGGCUACUGGACGGGCUGUGGAACUCCGUGCAGGCGUGGCUGGAGCCGCCGCCGCCGACGGACUCGCCCAACUCCGUGGACGAGCUGAUCGGCCGCGACCUGAGCAUGUCGCCGUGGAAUGGCCCGUUCCGCGAGGACGUCGGCGCGGCCGGCGCGGAGAUGGAGGCGGAGAUACUGGACGAGCUCGUCGACGAGACGCUCUGGGACGUGCUCCUCAACGUAGGCGACUGAUCAUCGGUCACGUAUAGCGGUCUCGUCGAUCUCCUUCUCCUGGAGUAUACCUGUACAUCAUGGGGUGUGUGUUUUACUCUCCUUUUUUUCAGAGUGUUUGCUGGUUUUGGUGAGUGUAUAAUGUCCAUCAGCUUGUGUAUCCGAGGAUACUGAAUGUAUAACGAAUCGAAAAAAGAGUGAAAAGAAAUGAAUGCAACUGCUCUUGAUU